AUGACUCCAGUUCAUACUAAACAAUUCCAUACUUCAUUUCCAGAUACUUCUGCUGCCAUUGACCGUCGUAUCCCAGAAUUUGAAGCGGCUCAAAUAUCAGAUGAAGAUAGAUAUUUUAGAAAUCAUGAGCCUCCAUCAUAUUUACCAGAAAUUGAACAAGAACUUAAAGAAUUUGUUAAUUAUCAUUUAGAAAAUAGCGGGAAGAGAAUUGUCUUAGUUACAUCUGGUGGUACUACUGUUCCAUUGGAAAAUAAUACUGUUAGAUUUAUUGAUAAUUUUAGUGCUGGUACUAGAGGUGCAACUUCUGCUGAAUAUUUCUUGGAACAUGGAUAUGCUGUGAUAUUCUUACAUCGUGAAUAUUCAUUACAACCUUAUUCAAGACAUUACAGUCAUUCCACUAAUUGCUUUUUGGAUUUUAUGACUGAACGAGACAAUAAGAUUGAAAUUAGUCCUGAAUUUGCUGAUGAAAUGUUGGAAGUUUUAAGAAAGUAUAAUCAAGCUCAAUCCACCAAUUCAUUAUUGUGUAUUCCAUUCACAACUGUUAAUCAAUAUUUAUAUACUUUGAAAGUCUCAGCUGAAGCAUUGCAUGCUUUAAAGAGUAAAGCAUUGUUUUAUUUGGCUGCAGCUGUUUCUGAUUUCUUUAUUCCACAAUCAAGAAUGCCUCAACACAAGAUUCAAAGUUCAGCAACUACAGAUGGUCAUUUGAUUAUCAAUUUAUCUCAAGUGCCGAAAUUUUUAUCUCGUUUGGUUGAUAACUGGUGUCAAGGAGCCAUGUUUGUUUCAUUCAAAUUAGAAACUGAUUCAAAUAUAUUGAUACAAAAGGCGCAAACUGCAUUGGAUAGAUAUCACCAUCAAUUAGUCAUUGGUAAUUUAUUACAAACAAGAAAGAAGGAAGUUGUGUUUGUGACUCCUGAUCAAGGAAAUGAAUGGAUUAGAUUAAGUGAUGAAGAAGUUGCCAAACAUGUUGAAAUUGAAGUCAAGAUGAUUCCUCAAGUUAUCAAAUAUCAUGAUCAAUGGGUUGCCCAACAUAAAGAUUAG